GCCAUCUAUUGGACGAUUUGUUACAAGACGUGUAUAUCAAAUGAUAUGAUAGUCAGCAAUGAAGAAGACAUGUCAUGUCGUCAACAGAUAAGACCAAAGUGUUAGUAUUGGGCGACUCGGGUGUCGGCAAGUCAUCACUGGUUCACCUCAUAUGUCAGGGACAGGUCAUACACAAUCCUCAGUGGACUAUUGGGGUGACCAUCGAUAUCAAACUGCAUGAGUAUAAGGAGGGAACACCGGAACAGAGGACAACAUUUAUCGAGUUGUGGGACAUCGGCGGCUCACGAAGUCAUGCCACCGCCAGAAAUGUCUUCUACAAUGGCUUUCACGGCAUUAUAUUAGUACACGACUUAACUAACCGCAAAUCUGAACAAAAUCUGAGCAAAUGGUUGGGACACGUCUUCUACUCGAAAGAUCAAACCAUUAAAGACAACAACACAUCAAUCAACACGAGUAGCAUAUCUGCCGCCUUAUUCCCCGUCAAUGUCAACGACGAGUUUGAUUUCGAUAGGGAGGCCUUCUUUGAGCGCAAUAUACCAGUGCUAGUGGUGGCCACUAAACUGGAUUCAGUGGCAACCAGUCAUAUCUCGUGCCGACAACCGUCACCAUUGAUAGAGGAGUGCGGCGCUCAAGAGAUUCAAGUGGACUGUCAUCAGAGCCGUAGUAUAGCUCCGGGAACUGGAAAUGCCGUCAAAUUGAGUCGAUUUCUCGAUAAAGUGUGCGAACGAAGACUUCUUAUUAACAAUUCUUUCAAUUAUAUCGACAGAAAUAAAAGACAUUCACAGAUAUAUAGUAAUAAAUAUUCACACAUUGAUUGACACCAAUUGUGUUAUAU